CCCGAAAUGUUCACCGCAUUGAACUUCUCCCCUUCUUCACCUUACCCACGUACCAACAGCAGCCGCUAUGACCAGCAAGCAUCCAGAGUCCCCAGAGGACUUUGAAUUCAUCCAGACACCUCCUGCACCUCCCGAGCAACCUCCUUCAGACUGCGGUGUCCGCUUGACUUCUUACCCCUCAAUCAAGAAUGGCCCUCUCCCUGCCGACGCUGCAGGAGGUGACUCUUUCAACAACCUGCUGCUCAUUGGCCUCCUCAUCGCUGUGCCAUGGUACAUUGCCCGCCAACUGCAUGGCGGCAUCUACACCACCCUCUUCAUAGCCGUCUUUACCAGCAUUCCCAUCCUCAUGCUCUUCUGGUCCGUCGCCUCGACCAUCUCUCCUCGGCUGAAUGAGAAGGCUACAUACCCCGGUCGCUCGGUCGAACACUACCUCGACUUCCACAGUGAGGAAGACAGAGCAAAAUACCAUGGAAAAAACAAAAUCCCUAUGGAAACAUUCCACGAGAUGUACUUUGACCAAAAGGUCUCGUUCAAGGGCGACUGCCUCGAAGCAAUGGAAUACCGCCACGACUGGGCAAGUUUCCGUUUCACACUCUCGUUGUUCCGAUUCUUUUUCACCGGUAUGAUUCCCGAAGUUAUCAUGCACACCCGCUCCCAGGAUGAAGAACAAGUCCGCGAUCACUACGACCGUGGUGAUGACUUCUACGCAUGGUUCCUUGGCCCACGGAUGAUCUACACUUCGGGAAUCAUCUCGGACAUCAACCGCGAGGAAUCUUUGGAGGAACUCCAAGAUAACAAACUCGCUGUAGUGUGUGAGAAGAUCGGACUCCAGGAGGGCGAGACGCUGCUUGAUAUCGGCUGUGGCUGGGGCACCCUGGCGAAAUAUGCUAGCGUUAAUUAUGGCGCACACGCAACGGGCAUCACACUCGGUCGUAAUCAGACAAAAUGGGGCAACGACGGUCUGCGGAAGUUGAACAUCCCAGAUUCCCAGUCUCGAAUCCUCUGCAUGGAUUACCGUGAUAUUCCCCACUCCCCUCCCAACAGAUCAAGCGAGAAAUACAAAAAAAUCACCUGUCUCGAAAUGGCAGAGCACGUGGGCGUUCGACACUUCUCGAGCUUCCUCCGCCAGGUCAACGAUCUUUUGGACGACGAUGGUGUUUUCUUCUUGCAAAUUGCCGGGUUGAGGAAGUACUGGCAAUACGAAGACCUCAUCUGGGGGCUUUUUAUGAACAAGUACAUCUUUCCCGGCGCUGACGCAUCGACUCCGUUGGGAUUCGUGAUUGAUAAACUCGAAGGUGCUGGCUUUGAAGUCAAAUCUGUGGACACAAUCGGCGUGCACUACAGUGCAACGCUCUGGAGGUGGUAUCGGAACUGGCUCGGCAACGCUGAAAAGGUCAAGGCGAAAUACGGUGUGAGAUGGUACAGAAUCUGGGAAUUUUUCUUGGCCUACAGUACCAUUGUCGCCCGGCAAGGUUCCGCGACUUGUUUCCAAAUUGUCUUGGUCAAGAACAUCAAUUCGACACAUCGCAUUGAGGGUGUGAAGCAACAGUUUGGACUUCAAGGAGCGCUGCAGGCCGGGAAAGAACACCUCAAAGCCGGCAGUAGUGUCAAGAAGGUGAACGGGGAAGCAAUGAAUGGGCAUGCAUUGCGCUGAGCUGGCAAAGCGGAGGGUCAAGCAGAUGAUGGUGAAUGUUGGCGCUGAGCGAUGCCGCAUUGCGACCCAACGUAUCUUCGUUAGGCCGAAGAAGUGAGUCUUUUGAAGUGGCGAGCCCUGGACGACGACGUGGGAAAGUCCUCUGGAAGUAGUGACAGAUAUGAAAUGCAGGCUUUCUGACUUCUAUGCCAGAAUCGAAGGUUACGGGCUGGAGGCCAAAGUUGCAAGGGUUGAAGGAGCCACGUGGCGUGAUGAAUAGAUUUAGACGUUACCGAACGAUCUGCUCAGGUCGAGAUUGAUCUGUGCAUGCAGAGCAGAGCAGAGUUAAUAUGGUUGUACAUAGCUGCUCGUAGCUAUAUCAUACAGGCUUUUUCCCGUCCCAAGACACC